CUCGGCCACCACCAUGGAAUUGACAUCGUUGAAUCAAACAAAAGAUGUUGAAUUUCAAGACGUCUGCUAUACCGUCAAACAAAGGAAAAACUUUGUAAAAGUGAUUGGAGAGCGUCAAAUUCUCAAAGGUGUUAGCGGAAGCUUUCGCAAUGGCCAAUUAUCGGCCAUUAUGGGUCCGUCUGGUGCCGGAAAAAGUAGUUUACUAAAUGCCAUAUCGGGAUAUGUCACAUCCGGCGUUGAAGGCCUAAUAAGUAUAGAUCGCAAACACUCCUGUUAUAUUACCCAAGAAGAUCAUCAUCAAACAUUGCUCAGUGUUGAGGAACUCAUGAAUCUUGCCUGUGAUCUCAAAUUGAAACGGAAUCAUCAACAAAAGAAAUCGGAAUUGAUAAGUGAUAUUUUGGAAAGUUUAAAUUUAAAUCAUCGUCGUAAUGUCAAUGCCAAUGAUUUGAGUGGUGGGGAGAGAAAACGUUUGUCGGUUGCUUUGGAAUUGGUGGCAAAUCCGAAAAUAUUUUUCCUCGAUGAACCAACAAGCGGUUUAGAUGAGGUGACUGCGGCUCAAUGUAUACGUCUGCUAAGAUCUCUGGCCCAAAGGGGUCAUACCGUUGUGUGUACCAUACAUCAGCCAUCGGCUACGAUUUUUAAUUAUUUUGAUAAUGUAUACGUUUUGGCUAAGGGUAAAUGUGUCUAUCAGGGUUCACCGAAGGCCUUGGUGUCCUAUCUCAGUCAUGCCGAAAAGGAGUGCCCCCGACAUUAUAGUCCAGCGGAUUAUAUUAUUGAACUGUGUGACUUUGAGGAUCCCCAAAUGAUAUCGACCCUCAGUGCCCUGGUCGAUAAUGGCAAAUUGAGAUAUACGGCAGAGUGUGAUCAAGAAUAUUCCUCGUUCUCAAUGAAAUAUGAUCAGCAUACGAGUCAUAGUUUUAUGCCAUUCCGCCAGGCUCUAUUUUCAUUAUUUCCCGAAUCACCACCAUCGAAAUCAUUCUCCUCCAUUUUCAACAGCAAAACAAAGUCGGAUGGUAGCACUCUGUUGAAUAAUGGUAAAAUUGUAUUGCUGGAUCAAGCUAAAACCCUAUUGCGACAAUUAUCGACAGAUCGUCAGGAGACGGAUGGUCAUAUAUCAGGAUUUCAACAAUUUUCCGUUCUAUUACAUAUUUUGUUUUUGAGAAUUUUGCGAGCUCGCAUUCCGAUAAUUAUACAAAUUCUACAUCAUUUAAUGGUGGGAUUGCUGUUUGUUUCAGGUGUCCUUUAUUUCAAGAGAGGCAAUCAAGGUUCGGAAUUUUUUGGCCAUUUGAAGUACUGCAUCAGUGUAAUUGUAAUGAUCACCUAUACUCAGACAAUUAUACCGGUUAUUAGCUAUCCCUUGGAAGUGAAAAUUGUUAAGAAACAAACAUUCAACCACUGGUAUUCCCUAUCGACAUAUUUUAUGGCCCUAUGCAUGAGUCGAAUGCCCCUCCAACUGUUCUACAAUAUUAUUUUCCUUACCCUUAGCUAUUGGAUGACUGGAUUUCCAUUUCAAUGGUGGCGUUUUGCCAUUUUUGUGGCAGUUGGCAUAAUGGUAUCGCUGGUGGCCGAAGGUUUGGGUCUGACAAUUGGUGCCGCACUAAGUAUAACGAACGGUUCUGUUUUUGGUCCCAUGAGCAUUGCCGGCUUUAUGGGCUUGGCCAUUUAUGGCUUUGAUUUUGCCGGACAAAUUUCCCCCGCCAUGGAUUGGUUUAUGAAAAUUAGUUUUAUGCGUGACGGUGUUGUUGCCCUGGUCAUAACCAUAUUCGGUUAUGGUCGUGACAUUUUAGAUUGCGAUGAAAUCUAUUGUCAUUUUAGUAAUCCCAGGGUAUUGUUGAAAUUUUUAAAUCUAGAAAAUGUUAGUGUACUCCAUCAGAUAUUGUACUUAUUUGUAUUGUUUGUUGUUUUUCGAAUAUCAUUGUUUAUAUCGUUGUGGAGACGUUGCAAGACAUAGAAGUAGUUUGGUUU